AUGGCUAAGUACAGGCUUGUUCUCUUAAGACAUGGUGAAGGAGCCUGGAACAAGGAGAAUCGCUUCUGCAGCUGGGUGGACCAGAAGCUGAGCAGUGAUGGGAUAAAGGAAGCUCAGAACUGUGGAAAACACCUUAAAGCGCUGGGCUUUGAGUUCGACCUGGUCUUCACCUCUGUACUCAGCCGCUCCAUCCAGACUGCAUGGCUUAUCCUGGAAGAGAUGGGCCAAGAGUGGGUCCCCCUGCAGAGUUCCUGGCGCCUGAAUGAACGUCACUAUGGUGCACUGAUUGGUCUGAACAGAGCAGAAAUGGCUCUGAAUCAUGGGGAGGAGCAAGUGAAAAUAUGGAGGAGAAGCUAUGAUGUUACCCCCCCUCCCAUCACCGAAUCUCAUCCGUUCUAUGAAGAGAUAUACAAUGAUCGCCGGUAUAAGUGCAGUGAUGUCUCUCAGGAUAGUCUCCCAAAGGCUGAAAGCCUUAAAGAUGUGCUUGAUAGACUCCUUCCCUAUUGGAAUGAAAAGAUAGUGCCAGAACUGAAAAGUGGCAAAAUGAUUCUUAUCUCUGCUCAUGGUAACAGCAGCAGGGCGUUGCUGAAGCACGUGGAAGGCAUCUCUGAUGAGGACAUCAUCAAUGUUACUCUCCCCACUGGUGUGCCCAUACUUCUUGAACUUGAUGAGAACCUGCGCCCUCUGGGCCCUCACCAGUUUCUGGGUGAUCAAGAGGCUAUCCAAGCUGCUAUCAAAAAAGUGGAAGAUCAAGGGAAAGUAAAAGCCGUUGAGAAGUAAAAUCCCACUGACACAGCUGUUUCCAACAUUUAUGUAUGACUGCUAGGUUGCACUG